AAUACCUGGCACAAAAACUGAGUUAGGAAUUUGAGGGAAAAAUACAUAUUUCACACUAGGUUAGUCCAUGAGAAUUUCCUAGAUAAGAUUUAUGUUGGGAGUUUAAAGGAAGGAAAGGACGAGGGUAUCUUACCCAUCUCCCUGAGUGAAGAUGAAAGAAGGCAUAAAAUCAUGAACAGAAGCAAAGGAGUGGAAAACAAGAGGACAUCCUCAAAGAACAGUAUGAGGAAAAAACCCAGUUCCUCUUGAGGAAAACUAUAAUAUAUUCUCCGACUAGGAUAGCCAUGAGUAAGAUUGUUAGCCAGCACUUCCACAAAAACCACAGGAUGUAUAGCAGUUUCCUGAAAUAUUGCAUUUUCACAGGAGUGAGCUAAUUGAAAAUGAUUUUCAUUUUUUAAAAACUCGGAUAUGCAGAUACACUAAAUAUUAUCUUCUAAGUCAUUUUAAGUGUUUCAAAAAUGCACAAAUUCCAUGCAUAUGGGCUCAUUCUCUGAACCAUUUGAGUUCUUGAGUAGAGAAACUGGAGUAUUGAGAAUUGAAGGAGAUGAGGCUGAGGAGACCCAUUGGAUUCACCUUGGGGAGGAACUUGAGUGCCAGUUCCAGGUAAAACCCCCGGACAACUAUGUAGGAUCACCAUGCAGAUUUGUAAAGACCUCCAAAGUGCCAGGACCUGGCUGACUGGCUUGUUUCUCUGAAAGCAGAUCGAACUACAGUUGAUGGUAUCGGUCAGCUUGCACUCCUAGAGUCUUUUUGGACAAAAGAUGGAUGAGUGUUCACAGUGGGACAAGCUCUCCUUUGUUCAGGUCCAUCAUGAGUGAGAAAUGGGACUCAAACUCUUCAGAAAACUGGCAUUAUAUUUGGAGUGUCAAUGGCACAAAAUAUCACCUAUACUCAGAUAUCAAUAUUACCUAUGUGAACUACUAUCUUCACCAGCCUCAAGUAGCAGCAGUCUUCAUCACUUCCUACUUUCUCAUCUUCUUCCUGUGCAUGGUGGGAAAUACCGUGGUUUGCUUUACUGUAAUGAGGAACAAGCAUAUGCACACAGUCACUAAUCUCUUUAUCUUGAACCUGGCAAUAAGUGAUUUACUGGUUGGCAUAUUUUGUAUGCCUAUCACACUCCUGGACAACAUCAUAGCAGGAUGGCCCUUUGGAAGCACAAUGUGCAAGAUCAGCGGAUUCAUUCAGGGAGUAUCAGUUGCAGCAUCAGUCUUUACUUUAGUUGCGAUAGCUGUGGAUAGGUUCCGCUGUGUUGUCUAUCCUUUUAAGCCAAAGCUCACUAUCAAGACAGCAUCUGUCAUUAUUGUGAUCAUCUGGGUCCUGGCCAUUGCCAUUAUGUCCCCAUCUGCAAUAAUGUUACAUGUACAAGAAGAAAAAUAUUACCAAGUGAGACUCAACUCCCAGAAUAAAACCAGUCCAGUCUACUGGUGCCGGGAAGACUGGCCAAAUCAGGAAAUGAGGAAGAUCUACACCACUGUGCUGUUCGCCAACAUCUACCUGGCUCCCCUGUCCCUCAUUGUCAUCAUGUAUGGAAGGAUUGGAAUUUCACUCUUCAAGAUGACAGUGCCCCACACAGGCAAACAGAACCAGGAGCAGUGGCAUGUGGUGUCCAAGAAGAAACAGAAGGUCAUUAAGAUGCUCCUGAUUGUGGCUCUGCUUUUUAUUCUCUCCUGGCUGCCUCUGUGGACACUGAUGAUGCUCUCAGACUAUGCUGACCUGUCUCCAAAUGAACUGCGGGUUAUCAACAUCUACAUCUACCCGUUUGCACAUUGGCUGGCCUUUUGCAAUAGCAGCGUCAACCCCAUCAUUUAUGGUUUCUUCAAUGAGAAUUUUCACCGUGCAUUCCAAGAUGCUUUUCACUUCCAGCUCUGCCAAAAAAGAGCAAAGCCCAAGGAAACCUAUACCGUAAGAGCUAAAAACAAUGUGAUCAUAAGUACAUCUCAUCAGUUAGCCCCAGGACCUGCAAUUCAAAAUUCACAUGAGGAAAAUUUGCUUUGUAGGAAAAGUGCUGAAAAACCCAACCAAGAAUUAAUGAUGGAAGAAUUAGGAGGAGUCACCCAGAGCAAUGAGAUUUUAAAAGAGCUGGUAUGAUUAUUUUAACUAUACAGUGUGUUAUAUAUAGAAAUACUAUUGCUUUCUAUAGCUUUGUACUUGAAUUCUAUGAAUGUUCUAAAGAAAAUAUGUACUGAAAGCCCUCUUUGAACAGAAGUGGAAUAGUCUUAUGUUCAUAUCCAAUCUUAUGGUAUAUAAAAUAUGUAGAGACUCACAUACAAAUUUGCCUGGAUAAAUCCAUUUUCUAGGAACAAUUUUCAAAGCCUGACCUUUUCCAAUUUAGCCAGUUGGGUAGGAGUCAAACAUAUGUAUUAUGUGUAUACAAAUAUAUACAACACACACUUAUUUUCUCCAAAUGGCGAUAAAUGGGCAGUUAUUUGCAUGAGAGUACAUUUUAUCAAUUCUCUUUUUGCUUUUGGAGUUGAAAUUUUAGAUUACAAAAUUAUUUGUGCUUUUAAAACAUACUUAGCUUUCUUAGAAGAACUGCAAUAGCAAAUAGACACUAUUUCUUUGUGUUUAAGGUUGAUUUUUUCUUUUAAAGAGUACAGUUAAAGUUGGUGAAAUCAUAACAUUGUUGGCUUUUUAAUAUUUUCAUAAAUAAAAUUCAUGCCGUAGCUGAACCCAUAUUUCUUAGAGGUGACUUGGGAUGCCAGUUUGACCCCCUCUCUAAUAGAAUCUCUGACAAAGAAGAAAAUCCUUUUUUUUUUAAUGUUUAUUUUUUGAGAGAGAGAGAAUAUGAGCAGUGGAGGGGCAGAGAAAGAGGGAAACACAGAAUCUGAAGCAGGCU